ACGUAUAUAAACAAAUUCGGGAGCGUAGGAAGCCGGAAAAAAAGCUGGCCUACACACACGGGCACAUCAAUUAACCCAAAAUACCGACAAACCGUUCAAACAGUUAGCCGGGGAAACAAAAAUACCAACACCUCAGAAACAUAUCUAAAAUUAACAUAAUAAUUAAAACAAAAAAUACAUACAUACAAAUUCAGAUGCACAAAUGACAACCUCAGUGCAUUCAUAUACUCGGUAAAUUGUUUAAAAAUUUAAUGUAGUGAAAUAGUAAUGUGCGCAAGUUGAGAAAAAUAUCUGAAAGCACAUUUGGGUCUUCGAAAUAUACGAAUAUACUAAGGCAUAAGCGGGCAUACUGAAUACCGCAUUUAUCGAAUUGUAAUUAAAACUUUAAUUUUCGUAGCGAGGUUAAAACAAAAGCCGACAAAACGCCGUACCAAACGAAAAUGGAGCGCAAACUGCUAUACGCCUUUCGGGGCUGGAUAGCGUUUGUUGCUUUCAUGGAUUUAGGAACAGCGUUUCGUAGCUAUAUAGAGCGAAGGAGCUUCCUUGGCGAUCACACAGAGACUCAGUUUAUUGAAGGCGAUUAUACCAUUUCUCGUAUAAUUGGCAUGUAUUGUUUACUUAAAGCGAUUGCAUUAGUCCAUUGCACACUCUACAUUCACUACAGACCAGUUGUUAGCAUGGGUGGCUGUUCGUUGGCUUUAACCAUGGUUCUUUACGCUUCCGAGGCUUUGUAUUUUCGUUCGAGUACACUGAACUUUUAUGUGAUCUUUCCCUGCGUUCUAAAUUCGAUAACUUUAAUUGGCCUAAUUUACAUACCGAGACGUCUGCGCUUGUGGGAGCCCAGCAUGGAUAUGGAUGAUGAAAAUUCCCAAUUACUAAAGCAAAUGACUGGUUUCAAACGUAGGCGCACGAAAAAACAAAUCUAAAAUUAUGAGAAAAUCUAAAUUAUUUCAGAUAUUAAAUUACAUACAUGCAUACAUAUGUACAUGCAUAUGCAUUAAUAGCACUUUAAAGAAAAUGGUUUUCUAUAUUGAUAACGAAAACAAUAGCAUAUUUAAAACUACAUAGCAGUAUUAGUUUAAUGCCUGGUUUUCAUUGUAAUUUUUUUAUGAAAUAACUUUGUUCAGAAAGCUGUAGCAUCAAAAGAUAUUAACGCAAAAUUAGGGACGAUUCCAUAGCAGUGGCACAUUGCAUAAUAAAAAGGGCAUAGUGAAAAUCAGGCAUUAGUAUGCAUGGAUGUAGUAGCUUUUA